CCCCUCAACAAGUUCUCCCACUCGCAACGCGAGCCUCACGUCUUUCGUUCCCCAUGGGGGCUCUGCGGCUCCCAUUCCUCGCCCUCCUCCUCUCCCCUUCCUCAGCCCUCCGAUCCUCCUCCGCUUCCCUCCCCCUCCGCCUCCGUCCACCGGCCAUUCGCAAGGUCUCCGCUUCCCUCUCCGGCGGCGCAAGCAGAGCUCUCUCCACCCAGAGCCUCGCGAAUGAGGAGCCCACGCCGCCGUCCGCGGCCGACCGAAAGCCCUUUUCGAGCCAGGAGGGGUCGGUGACCCCUCGAUCGGUGGACUUCAAUGCGUGGUAUCUUGAUGUUAUCGCCAGCGCGGAGCUCGCGGACUAUGGCCCCGUCCGCGGCACCAUGGUCAUCCGCCCAUAUGGCUAUGCCAUCUGGGAAUCCAUCCAAGAAUAUCUGAAUGCAAAGUUCAAGGAAACUGGACAUAGCAACAUGUACUUUCCUCAGUUUAUUCCAUACUCAUUUAUAGAGAAGGAAGCGAGCCAUGUUGAAGGUUUCAGUCCAGAAUUAGCACUUGUGACCAUUGGAGGAGGAAAGGAGCUUGAAGAAAAACUUGUGGUACGACCAACAAGUGAGACCAUUGUAAAUCAUAUGUUUACUCAAUGGAUACAAAGUUAUCGUGAUCUUCCUCUUAUGAUUAAUCAGUGGGCUAAUGUCACAAGAUGGGAAAUGAGGACUAAGCCAUUUGUGAGGACACUUGAGUUCCUGUGGCAGGAGGGUCAUACGGCUCAUGCAACUCUAGAGGAGGCAGAAAAGGAGGCAUUACAGAUGAUUGAUGUCUACAAGAAAUUUGCUUAUGAGCAAGCAGCAAUACCUGUUAUUGCAGGUAGAAAAUCAAGGGCUGAGACGUUUGCUGGUGCUACUCAGACCUAUACAAUUGAAGCUAUGAUGGGUGAUAGAAAAGCUUUACAAGCUGGAACGAGUCACAAUCUUGGCCAGAACUUUUCUCGUGCCUUUGCAACGCGGUUUACUGAUGAAAAUGGACAAAGGCAACAUGUAUGGCAGACUUCAUGGGCUGUUAGCACCAGAUUCAUUGGCGGUAUUAUCAUGACUCAUGGAGAUGAUGCUGGCCUAAUGCUUCCUCCCAGAAUAGCACCAAUACAAGGUGUCCCUUUAAGGAUAGAAGUUGGACCUCGUGAUGUUGCUAACAGGAGUGUGGUUGUAUCUAGAAGAGACAUCCCGGGAAAGCCUGGUAAGGAUUUUGGGGUAUCCAUGGAGCCUUCAAAAUUAGAAUCUCAUGUGAAGAGCAGGUUGGAGGACAUACAGGCAUCACUUUUACAGAGGGCUAUAUCAUUCCGCGAUAGUAACAUUGUGGAUGUGCACUCGUAUGAGGAGCUCAAGGCUGUAAUUGCCCAAGGAAAAUGGGCAAGGGGCCCCAUGGUCAGCUGGUGAUAAGGAGGAGUUGAAGGUGAAAGAAGAGACAGGUGCAACGGUAAGAUGCUUUCCAUUUGAGCAGCCCCAGGGGCGGAAGACAUGCUUCAUGACUGGUAAUCCCUGCAGAUGAAGUUGCCAAUUUUUGCUAAAUCUUACUAAGUUCUCUGUAUCACUUUUCCAAUCACUAGCUCAAGAGAAUUUUUUCCUCUUAUUUCACCAAUGUAUUCAUGUAACAAUAUUCAUUUACAUCUCAGACUCUUGCUUAUUUAAAUUAUGUAAACUAGAGUCAUCUGAUCAUUUCUGUGUAUUGGUGGUCCUUGUAAAUUUAUGAUUAUAAUGUAUCACUAAAUUAAGAAACUGGCACGUGAGUUUAUGAUCUAA